AUGACGGUGGCCAAUAACUUGGAAGGCAUUAAAGAAGAAAAGAUACCAUCCCUUUCCCGAGAGAGCAGGCAGAGAGCCAGGCAGGUCUGCUGGGCCCAUCCCACUAGCCACAAUCUGGAGGCGUGGUGCAAGGAUGUCAACUUCCUCUUAGCAUUUCAGAACCUUCAGCUCCAACAUUGCCACCGUUCCCUCUUCUUAAGCAGAGGGAUGAGUCGCUGUAAAGAAUACCUAAAGGGCUUUCUAGCCCAGGUGGAAGCUAAGGCCGGGCAGGAGAAAGGGCAGCUGGCUGAGGAAUUCCAGGAAAUCAAGGCCCGAACGUUAGCAUUUCGGCAACAGCAGGCCAUUUCAACCGAGGCUGGGUGCAACAAAGAGAAUAUCAAGAAGAACCGUUACAAAGACAUCCUACCCUAUGACCAAACCAGAGUUGUUGUGAAUUUACUAGCAGAAGAAUGCCAAGCAGAUUACAUCAAUGCCAGUUUCAUUCAGGGUGUGGACAACAAGAGAUGCUACAUCGCUACUCAGGGGCCUCUUGCCCAUACAGUGCUUGAUUUCUGGCGUAUGAUUUGGCAAUACAAAGUGAAGGUGAUUGUCAUGGCUUGCCGGGAAGUAGAAAUGGGCAAGAAAAAAUGUGAACGUUACUGGCCUUCUUCAGAGGAAGCCUUGCAUUUUGGACCCUUCUCUGUGGCACAGGUCAAAGAGCAGGAACUCAACCCAGACGUUAUUUUGCGGGUACUUACCCUGGCAUUUCAGCAGGAAGAACGGGUGAUUUCCCAUUUCCAGUAUGUGGCUUGGCCAGACCGAGGUAUCCCAGACACUUACGGCUAUUUCCUCAACAUGAUUGAGCAAGUGAGAUUUAAGCAGGGUGAGGACACCGUACCCAUCUGUGUGCACUGCAGUGCUGGCUGUGGUCGGACAGGCGUGAUCUGUACAUUGGAAUAUGUACGGCAGCUGCUGCUUAAAGAGAGGAUUUCUCCAUAUUUCAGCAUUUUUGAUAUAGUCCUAGAAAUGAGGAAGCAGAGGCCAGCUAUUGUCCAGACCCAGGAACAGUAUGAGUUUGUGUAUCGUGCAGUCACUGAAAUGUUCCGGGAUGCUCUGGACAUUUCCUGUCCAAAUUAUGAAAAUCUCAAAGAGAAUCGUCUUCCCCUUUAUGACGACGCCCUCUCCCUCCGGCAACCGGCUGCUCCCUUGCUCAAGCGAAGCUCCAUCCUCCGGAGCAUCUCAGUGCCUGCUGAUCCAACACCAGCACCACUUCCUGAACAGCCAAGAAAACUCAUCAAGAACAUGGGUGACACUUACGCUGUUGUGAACAAACUCCGGCGAAAUGGAGCAGGAGCUUCUUCUGCUUCUCCUGCCAGUGAGGACAAGUCCAUCGGAGAGGCACAGCUUUAUACUGCGGUGAAGCCACGCAACAGCACCGUAGCUGACUUUCCAUCAAUAGACCCCAGUGCCUUUGUAGGAGUACAGGCCAGUCACUCUCUGCCUGGAAGUCCUGUGCACAGGGCAUCUUCGAAUACAGCUUGUGAAAAUGCCCGUCUUAGUUCAUCUCUGACAGGAGAAUCCAAUUCUGGAGUCACCUCCUCUCCAUCUCAUACAAAUGGACUUGGGAAAACUCUUCUCAGGAAUCUGAUGCCCCCAGCUUUUAUCUCCUCGUCUGGAAAGAAAGUAUCAUCAUCGUCUCGGACUGUCCCUGUGCAAACCUAUGAGGAUGUGGCCGACACCCCAGUCAGGACUUGCCCAAAUACUGCAGGGUCUUCUGCCAUGGGAUUUAACAUCAGGAUUGGGAAGCCAAAAGGACCAAGAGACCCUCCUGCUGAGUGGAGCAGAGUAUAAGCUGUGCUUCUGAGAAGGACACUCUUUUAACAGCAGGGAGGAAAGAAGGUGGCUGCUGCUUCUGCCAAAGAGGAGCACUAAAUACUAGAUGCUCACCUCCUUCAUAAGGAGCAACUAUGCAAAAACAGCAAGUUUUUCUGACCACGAAGAGGCCAGCUACUAUGAGCACUAAAGCUCAGGACAUUUCUAAGACCAAAUCCUCCAGUUAGAACAACUUAUUUUGACAUGAACUUUUCUUUAUCAGAUCUUGUUGGUGGGAGCCAAGAGUGUGGCUGGCUUGGAGAUUUUCAGCAAUAAUGAUUUUAGACCCAGUACUUGGUAUAAUCAUGCCAGGGAAAUCCAGAACAGUUAGCCAAUUAAACAAAAUGUAUGGCUAUUAA